AUGGGAAAAGUGGGAAAUGGUGUUAAUGGCAGUGAAGAGGAGCAAGGAAUAGGUACAAGUGAUGAGAAUGGAGAGCAAAAUGUAGAGGGGAGAUUUUGUUGUUUCGGAUGUAAAGGAAAUUUUAUUGUUACUAGAUCAGGGGGGUCUGGAUCUGGAUUACAGGGUUUCGAAAGUGGUUAUGAUCUGUUGGUGGGUAUUGGGUUGAUAUCCUUUGAUGCUUAUGCUACGUUGUCAGUGUUGAACAAUCAUGAUAUAGUAGCAAGUUUCCUAGUCAAUAAGUCAGUUUCCUUGCUAGAGGACAAUAAAUUGAAGCUUCAAGAUGAUAUUUUUGAUGAGAUGAAUGUUCGCAAUACCAAGGUGGUUGUCCUGUCUCUAGAACCUUUGGCUGGAUCAAACAUAACAAAGGUUGUGUUUGGGGUUGAUCCUCUUAAAAAUGAUUCAAAAAUAUCAUCAACUGAUCAAAGUCUAAUCAGGGGCCUUUUUGAAUUGUUUGUUGUAAACGAAGCAUCUCUCAGACUGACCAAGUCCUUGUUCGGGGAUGCAUUCUCUUUUGAGGUGCUAAAAUUUCCCGGAGGAAUUACAAUUAUUCCACCGCAGAGUGCUUUUCUUUUGCAGAAAGUGCAGAUACCAUUCAACUUCACCUUGAACUUCUCUAUCUUACAAAUACGGGAAAAUUUUGCAGAGCUGAAAGGUCAACUGAUGGAAGGACUAAAUCUAACGCCCCGUGAGAACUUGUAUAUAAACUUAUGGAACUCACAAGGCUCAACGGUGGCUCCCCCUACUACUGUUUUGUCAUCAGUUCUACUGGUCAUUGGGAAUACCCCCAGGUUAAAGCAACUGGCUCAAACUAUCAGAGGUCAUUCAAAGAAUCUUGGCCUGAAUAACACUGUUUUUGGUAGAGUGAAGCAAGUUCGUCUAUCAUCCAUCUUGCAACAUUCACUCCAUGGUGGUGAAGGCAGUGCCCCUUCACCUUCUCCUACACCUCUUCCUCACCCCACUCACCACCACCACCACCACCACCACCACCACCACCACCAUCACCACCACCAUCACCACCACCACCACCAUCAUGAUGUCCAUGCUCCUGCAAUUUCACCUGUACCACCAACUAAGAGAAAUGCACCUGCCCCUGCGCCUGUUGAUGGUUCACCUGCACCUCAUAAGAGCAACGAAGCAAAGCCUCCUGGUUGUCAAUAUGGGUGUAACAGAAGGUUUCAAGGGAAUGGUGGAAAGGGGUCUCAUUUAGCCCCUUCAAAUGCACCUAGUGGUUCUGCUCACUUUUCUGCUACCUCACCACAACCCAACAAUGGUCCACCUGCAGUAGCGCCAACCUCUUCCCCGAUUUCGCGAACAAUUCCUUCAUCUAGUCCUUUGCCAAAUGUAGUUUUUGCCCAUUCUCAGCCACCAUCAAGGGGUAAAUCUGAUGAGCAUUCUGACACAAUGCCAUCAGUUUCGCCAUCACCAUCGCCAUCUUCAUGUGAGUGCAUUUAA